AUUUACCAUUGUAAUCAUUUAUCUGCAAAGGUUCUAUCUAUAGAUCGUUUUUAAUUCAGUAUAGUCCCUGACAACAGGGUUGGCCAGUUUCACCUUUUCAUUCACAGAAAUCACCUCAUCCCCUCCCUCUGCAUGUACCUUACUCUUUAUAUUUGUGUCCUAAAUAUACAGGCUUUCAUUUCAUCAACAUGGCUCUUUUGUCAGAGGGAUAUGGUGAUGAUGAUAUUAAAGAAUUGAGAUUGAAUCUUUCUGAAGCAGCAGCGAAUCCUGAUCCUACCAAACUUCGAACUGCUUUGGCUCACAUCGUGUCACAGAUGAGUUUGGGGAAUUCACUCUCGGCUUUAUUUCCAGAACUAGUAAAGAUAUGUGCAACCAAUGACCUGCCGAGUAAGAAGCUUGUUUACCUGUAUAUGGCCGGCUGUGCCUGUGAGCAACCAACACUCACACUACUAGCGAUCAAUUGUCUGCUCAAAGAUUGCCAGGACUCAAACCCGAUGAUCAGAGGUAUGGCUCUCAGGACUCUAUGCUCACUCAGGUUACCACUCCUGAUGGAGUACAUAGAGCUUCCUCUUCUGGCAGGGCUGAAAGACAAGAGUGCAUAUGUGAGAAGAAUUGCAGUGUUAGGGUGUCUCAAAGCCUGGAAGCUUGACUCUUCAUUCAUCAAAGACAGGAACAUCAUUGAACAGCUAUGUGAGCUGAUUGCUGACCGAGAUAACACUGUCAUGAUCAAUGUUCUAUGUGUGCUUCAUGAACUUCAAGGAAAUCUUCUCGUCACUCAGAACAUAGCACAUGCACUCCUCAACAGAUUAAGCUCACUGUCUGAAUGGGGCCAAAUCAAGGCAUUGCAAUUUCUUCUGAAGUACAAGCCACAAAACGAGGAAGAAAUAUUUGAUAUAUUGAAUUUGGUCGAUGGUUGUUUGCGUCAUCCCAACAGCGGAGUGAGCCUGGGGGCCAUUCACUUGAUGAUUCUUAUCACAAAGGAUAUGCCUCAAGUCAAUCAAGAUGUCACUGGAAGACUUAAAGGUAUUUUAUUGAGUCAUCUUAGCAGUGAUCAGCCAGCCUAUGUAUAUGCUUCAUUGUGUCAUCUUCAGUGGCUCAUAGACAGGCUACCUCAGGGAAUCACUAAAUACUACAAGAAGUUCUAUUGCAAGUACAACGAGCCUGUAUAUCUAAGAUGCAAGAGGAUUGAUCUCCUUGUUCAACUCAUCACUGAGGCUAAUGUUAAUGACAUUAUAGGAGAAUUAAGUGCUUACUGCAUUGAUGUAUGUACUAAGUUUGGAAAGCAUGCUGUACAAGCCAUGGGUUCUAUAUCUCAACUAAAUCCAGCGUACUUAGCGACAUGUAUGGAUGCUAUACUUCGUCUUCUUCACCUUGGAAUUGACCGAGUUUCUUCAGCAGUUUUCAUCGAGAUGCAAGAAUUGCUAUCCAUUGAAGGGAAGUAUCAAGAAUAUGUUGAUCAAGUGUUAGAUUUUAUUCCAGGCUGUUGGUCUAAUAUAGAUGAUGAGGAUGGCAGAUGUGCGAUGAUUUUUCUUGUAGGCCACCAUGGACAGAGAUUGCAAGAUGCUCCCUACCUCCUUGAGAGUGCAAUUGAUAGUGUAAUGGAGGAAUCCAGUCUUGAGGUCAAAGGUCAUCUACUGAGUGCAAUCACCAAGUUAUUCUUCACCCGCCCUGCAGAAUGCCAAGAUACGCUUGCUACAUUGCUGCACCAUUGCAUAGAAACCCAGACAGAUGUAAUUCUCCGAGAGAGAGCCAUGUUUUAUUACCAGUUACUGCAUGCUGAUAUCAAUAAGGCAAAGCUGGUAAUCUGUUCAUCUCAGAGGUUAACACCACCUUCAAGAGCUACAUCAAGGCAACAUUCAUCAAUCAACAACUUCAAUAGCUUCCAACUGUUAUUGGGAUCUGAUGACAUCUCACACAAUGAAUUGAAGCAACAGCCAUCCUCGUUCUCAUCAGAUAUGCCUUCAGUCAGGACCUUGCCCUCUGCUGUGACUGAUGCUGUGGCAGCACCAGAGGGUAUGCUUGUUGAUCUAAGCUUGGAUGAUACCAAGGUGCAGGAUGCAGGAAACAAUGACAAAUAUUCAGGCACCAACCAUAACCUAGAAGGCACAAACCUACAUCUCCAUACAGGACAUGGGAGGGACAGUAGCAACGUUAACAUUGAAAUCAAAACUGCAGCAGGGUCAAAGCUUAGAGAAAAAGGAAGUUUAUCAUUUCUACAAGAUGUUAAAGACCUUGGGGAGAGUUCAAUCGGUGUGUGUGACGAAGCAAAAGCUUCUGAAGAAAGGAAGGAUUCUGUACAAAUUCAAAGACUUGUAGGCACUUCUGGAGUAGCAUCCUCAGUGUCCAAGGAUCUUAAAGACAUGAAACCAUCCCUUCCAACAAAGAGCAUUCAGUCUUCUGAACAUUCAAGAAGCACUGUUGAACACCCUGGAUCUAUAGAUGCUGAAGAUGGUGAGAAAGAAGAGGAGAGUUUGGUUGCAAGCGUUCAAGAGGAAGAAGUGACAUAUGGUGUAACCUUUGACAAGUCGUUUACACUCUCACCCCAGGAAUUUGAAGAAAAAUGGAUGGAAUGUACAAACAGUAAAACGUUUGAAGUAGCUGAAAAGAAGCCUUCAGUGUUGCUUGAAAGGUUCAAUGAUAUAGGAUUCCACACCAUGGCGUCCAUGCCUGAAGAUUCAGAGCACUGGAGAGCAUUUCUUUAUGCAAAAAUAGGAGGUGAUCUGUUUCUCAUGGAGACAACUGUGCAUCAGAGAUUAGGAGCAUGUUCUUCUUGCAUCAAGUCUUCCGACUCCAGCCCCUCAUCCACAAACAAGGUUAUAGUCCUUUGUAAAAAGGAAUUCCUUUAAUUUUUGCUAUCAGUAGUGUUAAAGGGAUGAUCCGGGCUGAAAAGAUUUCUAAAUAAAUAGAGUAAAAUUCACAGAGCAAAAUGCUGAAAAUUUCAUCAAAAUCGGAUAAUAUUUAUUAGGUGGGCUGAUGAUGACACAUCUCCACUUUCCCUUUAUUACAUGAAAUUAUACAUGUGUAAAUGAUGUGUCUCCAUUAUUAUGAAAUAAGUUGCGGCAAUAAAUAACUAAUGCACUUAUCAGUUGUCAAUCCAAUUGUUUUAGUUUUUUGAAUAAACCUAAUUUCCUACAAUAAAGAACAAGUGGGGAUAUGACAUCAUCAGCCCACCUAAUAAAUAUUCAUAAGAACAUGCCUAGAACUGUUUCACCGGAAUAAUGCAAAUCUUUAAAAGUCUAUAACUUUGUUAUUUGUUAUCCGAUUUUGAUCAAAUUUUCAGCAUUUUGCUUUUACUCUUAUUUAUUGAGAUAUAGACAUUUCCAGCCUGGACCAUCCCUUUAAGGAGGGCAUAUUGUUCCUACUCAAUUGUUUAAAGGAAAUGGACAGGACGGAAGUGUGGCAUGAUUCGUAGGACUCUGCCUAGAUGAGCAAAGAGUAACAUCAUCUUACUCUCUAUUUUUGUUGUUCAAUUAUGAGCUAUGCAAUUUUUUAAAUAAUUAGGUACAGUUAGUAUUUACACUAUCUAAUGAAUAAUAAGACAUUUAAUGGCAUAUAAAAGGAGGGGGUUGCAUAAGAGAACAUUUUCACAAUUGUAAUUAAUCUUGUGAACUGUAAAAGUCGGAAGUGCCACAACCCCAGCAUCAGUUCACAGAAUAUGGUACAAGCAUUAGGAUAUGUUGUUUAACUCGAUAUACUGAAAUACUCUUUAAAAGCGAUUAUCAACAUCCAGAAAUAUAUAUACAAAUAUUACAUGGAACAGCAGUUGAUUCCAGAUUAUCUUUAGACAAAAAAAAUUAAUUUCUACAGAAAUAUUGUUUAAAAAUAUUCGGAAAUAAAUUUCGUAUGGAAAGGAGAAUCGUGGUAUUGUAAAAAUCAUUUUAAUGCAGCUGCAUAAAUUAAAGAGGAAAUACUUCAGUAAACUGAUAACUAAGGGUAUUGCUAGCCCAUUUUGGGGUCAACAAGUCUAUGCUCUACAAGUACUAACUAACAACAAAUGAAUAGGUCUGUUUGAAAUGGGAAGGAUGCAUAUAAAUAAUUUUAUUCUGUGUUUAAAGAGGUAGUUCACCUAGUUGGUUUCAUAUAAAUGAAGGUUCUAAAAGUAUUUUAUUUUGUGACGUUACAUGUACGUCAUGUGAUAUAAACUCCAUAGAUGGCCUAUUGUGUAAAUCUAGGAAAGUUAAAAUUUGUAUACAUGCUUGUCUGAAUUAAGAAUACAAUCCUCUCAAAAUUGAUAUUACAUGACAUGGGAGAACUGACUGAUGUCCAAAAAUAUAAACAAAGUCUUUUUUU